GUGGCGGUUCGCGCUCAUCCCCCUCCCCCCUGCCCCGGGUGUCCCCGUGACGAGGCCGCGCGGAGCCUCCGCGGGCUGGGCCAAUCCAGCUGCAACCGCCCCGGGGCGAGCAGGGGUGAGGCGGGCAGGGAGCAGCGCCGAACGGGGCUCAGACCGCGGCCAGAAUGGUGCUGGAGGGAAACCCUGAAGUGGGGUCCCCCCGAACCUCAGACCUCCAGCACACCGGGAACAAGGGCUCUUGCCUCCUUUCUUCUCCCGGUGAAGGUGCACAGCCUGGUGAGGAGCUCAUCAAGUAUGGUGAACUCAUCGUCCUGGGAUGCUGUGAGGAAGGAGGUGAGAAAACCGAGGCUCAGAGAGGGGAAGUGACUGGCCCAAGGGCACACAGCUGUUACAAUGGAUGUUUGGCAAGUGGGGACAAGGGCCGCCGGAGAAGCCGCCUGGCACUGAGCCGCCGGCCACAUGCCAACGGAGUGAAGCCAGAUGUCAUGCACCACAUCUCCACACCACUCAUAUCCAAGGCACUGAGUAACCGAGGCCAGCACAGUAUAUCGUACACACUGUCCCGGAGCCACUCGGUCAUAGUGGAGUACACACACGACAGCGACACAGACAUGUUCCAGAUUGGCCGCUCCACUGAGAACAUGAUCGACUUUGUGGUAACAGAUACAUCCCCUGGAGGAAGUGCUGCCGAGGGCCCUUCUGCCCAGAGCACCAUUUCCCGCUAUGCCUGCCGCAUCCUCUGUGACCGCAGGCCACCCUAUACUGCCCGCAUCUAUGCCGCUGGCUUUGACGCCUCCAGCAACAUCUUCCUUGGAGAGCGGGCAGCCAAAUGGCGGACCCCUGAUGGCCUGAUGGAUGGCCUGACCACCAAUGGGGUCCUGGUGAUGCACCCUGCGGGCGGCUUCUCCGAGGACUCAGCCCCGGGUGUCUGGCGGGAGAUCUCAGUCUGCGGGAACGUGUACACACUGCGGGACAGCCGCUCAGCCCAGCAGCGGGGGAAGCUGGUGGAAAAUGAAUCCAACGUGCUGCAAGACGGCUCACUCAUCGACCUGUGUGGGGCCACGCUGCUGUGGCGCACUCCGGCAGGGCUGCUGCGGGCACCCACGCUGAAGCAGCUAGAGGCCCAGCGGCAGGAGGCAAAUGCAGCACGGCCCCAGUGCCCUGUGGGCCUCAGUACCCUGGCCUUCCCCAGUCCAGCCCGGGGCCGCACAGCGCCUGACAAGCAGCAACCCUGGGUCUACGUCCGUUGUGGCCACGUCCAUGGCUACCAUGGCUGGGGCUGCCGGCGGGAGCGAGGCCCCCAGGAGCGCGAGUGUCCUCUCUGCCGCCUUGUGGGGCCCUAUGUGCCCCUGUGGCUUGGCCAGGAGGCUGGCCUCUGCCUGGACCCUGGGCCACCCAGCCAUGCCUUUGCUCCCUGUGGCCAUGUCUGCUCUGAGAAGACUGCCCGCUACUGGGCCCAGACACCACUGCCCCAUGGUACCCAUGCUUUCCAUGCUGCCUGUCCCUUUUGUGGCGCCUGGCUCACCGGUGAGCAUGGCUGUGUCCGCCUCAUUUUCCAAGGGCCACUGGACUAGGCUCUCUGGAACCCCUGCUGCUUCAUCUGACUGCCCACCGAGGUCCCCUAUCCUACAGUCCAGAUGGAGCUCUGCAUGUGGGAUUCUACUUGGUGGCACCUAGCCACACAGGUUGGACACACUGGAUGGGCUGUGACCCUCUCCCUAACUCUGAUCCCCAAGAUCUCCAUCCCAGUCAUACUGAUGGGCCUUCAGCACCAGGUCUAUCUGAGGCUGCUGAAGUGAAGCCCAGCCCCAUGCCCCUGCCCUUCCUAGGGUGUCCCACAUCAUGCCACCUACACUGUGCCUCUGGGGGAGUGAAGGGGCUGUGGCCACUGACCCCCAGCUUAGGCUGACUGUGCCCUGAGCCUGCUAACCCAGUACCACAUAUUUGUCCUUUCUGUUGCUGCCCUGGGUUCCUCUAUAAACGUUGCUCAGCUGCCCUCACUGAUAUGCAUGUCCUGCAUGCAUGCAAUGCCUCCAGCCCUGAGCGAGAGACAGGUAGGCAGCAAGCUGGGACUGGCAUUUGCUUAUGCCCACCAUGGCCUGGACUCUGCUGAGUGGACUGUGGGGACACAGAGACAGUUAAGUUCCCUGCCUGGUGGGAUUCACAGACUAGUGGAGGAUGGACCAAAUUACCAAAUGACAGAUACUUUCAUGUGUGUUAGGAUCAGAGAAUCUCAGAAGCUGGGGUGCAGUCCUUGCUGGCUGCAAGUAAGUGAGCAAUGCUUUAUGCGGGAGGUAGCAUAGGAGCUCAGGUUCCAUGGCAGCUCAGAAUCCUCCAGGCUCACAGAAGAGCUGGGCACUCUGCAUACUGUGUGCAUGCUAGGGAUAAAGAACAGGGGCUGAGUGACAGAUUUAAUGGGGCUGGAGCAUGGGCUACAGUGGGCAGAGUUAGAGAAGAUGGUGGGGCCAUGAGAAUGGGAUAGAGGACUUAGACCCUCAUUUGUGGAUAGCCAGGAGUCAAUAAAGGCAGGGAA